UCUUCUCAGCCAUUCCAGGCAGACCAAAGUACUGUGGGCAUUAAACUUUAUUUGGCUUGGUAAUUUCUCCCGUCUUUGGCUCGGGCUCCUGGCAUCCGCCCGCGGCUGAUCUGCAGAAUGAAUUCCUGCCAAGUUCUGCGAGACGCCCCCGUCCGAAAAGUUGCCCUCUUUGGAGGCACCCAUGGGAAUGAGCUGUCGGGGGUGUUCCUGGUCAAGCACUGGCAGGAAGAUGGAGCCGAGAUCCAAAGACCCGGGUUGGAGGCACGGCCUUUCCUCGCCAACCCAAGAGCGGUGGAAAAAUGCUGCAGAUACGUAGACUGUGACCUGAACCGGGUUUUCGAUUCUGAAAAUCUUGGCAAGGAACUGACGGGCCACGUCCCCUAUGAAGUAAGAAGGGCCCAAGAAAUAAACAGCUUGUUUGGCCCCAAAGGCCAGCCUGAGGCUUACGACCUUAUUUUGGACCUCCACAACACCACCGCUAACAUGGGUGGUACCCUUAUCCUCGAAACCUCCAGGGACUGCUUUACCCUUCAGAUGUGCCAUUAUAUACAGGAUGCUCUGUGGCCAGACAGCUGUCCUGUCUUCCUCCUUGAACAUCCCAGCCUGAAAUAUGCCACGACCCGGUCUGUAGCAAAACAUCCAGUGGGCAUUGAAGUUGGUCCUCAGCCCCAAGGAGUUCUGAGGGCUGACAUUUUGGGUAAAAUGAGGAAGAUCGUCCAACAUGGCCUGGAUUUUGUGCAAAAGUUCAAUGCAGGACAAGAAUUCCCUCCAUGUACCAUUGAGAUUUAUAAAAUAAUGGAGAAAGUGGAUUAUCCCAGGGACAAAAAAAAUGAGAUUACGGCUGUCAUUCACCCUAAUUUACAGGAUCGAGACUGGCAGCCACUCAAUCCGGGUGAUCCCAUGUUCUUGACUUUGGAAGGGAAGACGAUUCCAUACGAAGGAGAAACCACAGUCUACCCAACCUUUGUGAACGAGGCCGCGUAUUACGAAAAGCAGCAAGCUUUUGUCACAACCGUGAAAGAAAAAUUGAGCGCAAAAGGGCUCAAAGUCUCUUAAACCUGGAUUUCCUUCUUCAGUUCCUCUUAAGUGCCUACGUAUAGUUGGCAUUUCUCAUGCAAGAUGGCCUGAAGGCAUUGUAGAUCCUAGACCAAAAGUCAAUUUUUUUAUUGUAAGAAAUAGAGCACUUGGAAAACAAUGUGCCCUGCAAACAAUUAUAAACGGAUUAAUAUGUGCUUUCCAGUUGCUGUUUUUAUAAAUGCUUUUUUAGGGGUGGUCUUGAGGCUAUGGUCAAAAAAGUCCAGAUCGUGACUGCAAUAGCGCAAUGGACAAUCCACCAGUUUUUAUGUGUGUCGUGGUCACCCUCUUGACUUUUCUGACCCUACCCUGGAGACACCCAUCAGCAUGAAGUUAUUCUUUAAAUCAGAGAGCAAGUCUAUUUCAUGUUUCAUGUGCCCUGAAGAAAAGUGGUGAAAAAUGAGAUGCUGGAAGAGGGAGAAGAGAGAGCAUCUCAUGAAACCUAUGAAGGUGUUAUCACAACAUAGUUUUGGACCAAUGAGGGCCUCUAUCAUGCUCCUAGCACAUGCCCCUGACAGAAAAUACUGUCACGUUAAUUUGCAAGAACAGUGCUGUGAAAGGGUAUUACAUUCCUGUAGUUAACUUAAUGAAGUGUGGCCAACUAUUAAGAUAGCACUCUGAGUCACAGGAUAAAUGAGUUCUCAAGAACAUCUUUAUCGGGAACUGGAGUAAUUCAGAAUUAAUGUGGGGGAUUAAUUAAGAGAAGAGCAACUAUUUGGGGAAAACAAGGGAGGCACGUCUGGAAGAAGAGCUGUGAUAAGGGAGUUUUAUGGCCAAAUCUCCCAACAUUUCUGAACUUUUAACUUGUAAGCAAUUCUAGUUUCACUCAAAGCACUAACAGCUGAGUCAAGAGGACAUUUUUAGAUCAGAAAACCAGGUAUAAGGGAAGAGUUAAAAUAUCUUUUCAGAGUGAGAAUGAUGGUGCUUUUCUGAAGUCACAGAACUGCACACUAGUGAGAUAUACAUGUUUAUAAAACAAUUGACUUUAUUUCUCUUAUUUGCAAUAAAUAUUUUUUUAAAAACACAGUUACAGGUCUGAUAAAUC